AUGGCCCUGUUUUCUUUGUUUGCCGAGAAACUCGAGGCCUGUUCGCUUUCCCUUCCGUUUCACCUUCGGACUCCCCGCUAUUUCGUCGCUGCCGCCUAUGGUGGUUCCUCUGUUCCUGUUUCCUGCAACACAAACCCGGACCUUCGUCGCCAAUCGUUGUCAGCAGGGGAGCGGACAAAUGCCCUGCUGCCAAACGUGCGCGUGCCAGGAGCUAGGAACCGUCAAGCAGGAGGCAGCCCGGGCGCGACACCAGAUCGCGGCGAGGAGAAAUCGAAAGGGGAACCGAACACAAAGAAGACACCAAUUUUGGGCGGGCGCGACGAUCGAACCAGCGCACUCAUGGUGUCGCAUCACAGCGACGGGGUCACCUCGUUGAUGGUGCGGGGAUCGUCGUCGGUAGUGGGAACCAGCUCCAGCGGCCGGGGGACCGGGUUACACAGCUCGUCGCGAUCGCGACGGUACAACCGUUCCCACGCUGGCGGCGCCUCCUUCAUACCGCAGAAUGAAUUCCCGAUAUUCAGCCACAGUGGCGACGUCGAGAUCGUCGUGCGCGUAGCCACCGGGCACGAGAACCGCUAUCUCCUCCAUCGACACAUCCUCACCCGCUGCUCCGGCUUCUUCGAGGCCAGCACAAGUAACGAAUGGUCGCGCGCACAAAUAGUGUCGGGCCCUGUGGCAUCCGUGCCAGCUGGCGCGAUAGAAGGGGUCGGCGCAAAUGGGGGAGAGCUGGCGCGGAUAGAUGACCGAGGGGCAAGCGGGGAUGAGGGCGGCAAACCUGGCUCGACGCCGUUGGCGCAAACUAGGAGGAGGUGGCGGUAUGAGUUAGACCAUGGGUCUGACGACAACGACGUACCGAUGCUCGUGCAAAAGGAGGAAAACAGCAACCCGCCGCCGGUAACCAACAACUCAAUAUUCGGUGGGUCUUCCAACAGCCACUCUUCGAAUCGCCAGUCCAACCGCAAGUCAACGUCGCACUCCUUCUUCCGAUCCGUCGCCAACCUCAGCCUUUCCUCAACGCACACUCCGUCACUCCCGCCUCCCACACUAGAAGAGCAGGACUUGUUACGAGAUUACGACAACUUGUUCCGCAUCAUGUACAACUACCCCCCCUUGCUCGACGCAGUCAACAUUGCCGACGGCUACGUCCAAUGCAAGUCAUUGCUCCACCUCGCAGACCAGUACGAUGCCCUCGCGGUCGUCGGCCCCCGCGUCGACCACCACAUGCUGCAAUUCCAGUCGCGCCUGUGGAAGCAAAUCGCCAAAUACCCCAUCAGCUACCUCCGCCUCGGCUACCUCGCGCGGUCCAAAGUCAUCUUCCAAGAAGCUCUCAUCCACGUCGUCGGCCAGUGGCCGGCGGGCGAGCGUUCCAUCCGCGCCGCCCUCCCCGAGACAGUCGUCGACAUCAUCGAGGACAAGGUCGACGAGCUCGAGGAGACGGUCAGCCGCAUCGAGGCCCGCCUCUUCCGCCUCACGCUCACAACCCGCACCGGCGAGCGUAUCAGCCCGGCGACCGGCUACCUCGAGUGGCUAGCCGUGAGCCUCUUCCGCCAGUGGCUAGCGGAUAAUACCUCCCCACCAAUGCCGGCCGUUCCCGAGCGCGGUAAUGGCAACGUCAACGGCAAUGCCCGCAACGCGGCCGCGCCAAGGGCCAGGUUAGGGAGCAACAGCAGCGGAAGCGGCGGCAGCGCGACAAACGGCCGGUCGGGGAGCCACAGCCACCACAGCGGCAGCGGCGGCGGGCACGGCAACAACAACAACAACAACAACACCAAUAGCAACCUCCAAGUCGCGCUCCCACCCCCGAUACCAACCCUCGCAUCGCUAGGGCGCACCUACCGAUUACUCGGGGCCGGGCCGGGCGGCGGCGGCGGCGGGCCGGAGAAGGGCUACCUCGGGCACGACGAGUGCAAGCGGUUCCUCAAGCUCACGCCGGAGCUGUACACGCGCGACAACCUGCGCAAGUUCGAGAAGCGCGUCGACGAGCUCAAGGCCAUGGCCCGCGAGGUCGUGCGGCCCCUGAUGGGCAGCGGUCUCGAGCUCGAGCUGAUCCAUGGCGCCGGGGCCGCGGGGAUCGCGUACCUGACGUGCACCGAGGUGAGGGAUCGGGACUUGCCGUGGGGGUUUGAUUAA